AGGCUGGCAAACCUUUUGCACUCAUAAACCAGGUGGUGUUGUUGACACAUCAUCUCGCGCUCCAGCGGCUCAACGCAACUCUGUGGCUUUUUAGCUUAAUUUAUAGCUCUAAAUUGAAGAUGGCUCCAAGUUUAAACUUGAGCAAAGUGCCAAUGACACCAUUCCGUGUCAUGGCUGUAGUAGCAGGGUUUGCUGCUAUUUUUCUUGUAAUAUCAGCCAUAAGAACCACUGGCCCACAGCAGAAACUGGGGGCAGUGUUUCACCAUGCUUCAGAUGCAUUCAAGCGGGAUACUAUGAGCAGAACCAUGGCAGAUGCAAAUUACUGGAAAAAUGUAAACCUGGAGGCAGAAGACCUUCCAGCUGAUAUCGACCAAACAGCAGCCAAAGUUCAGGUCAACUCGAAGACAGUCAACAUAAUGGGCACUAACACCUUUUACCGAGAGGCACACCCUCCAGAUGGUGUUUCCAAUAGUGGAGAAGUGGUAGUCCUCCUCCAUGGUGCUGCCUUUAAGUCUGAGACUUGGUUGAACCUAAACACCAUCAACCUCCUUGCUGCAAUGGGUCAUCGAGUGGUGGCCAUUGACCUCCCAGGCUAUGGAGAGACAGUUAGAGCUAAGAAUGUGGACAAUGCUGACUUCUUGCAAGAAUUUUUGACCAAGUUAGAAAUCACGAGGCCAGUCAUGGUAUCCCCCUCAAUGAGUGGUGGCUUCUCCAUCCCAUACAUUCUCAAGCACCCUCAAGCCCUUGGAGGAUAUGUACCAGUUGCACCUGUGGACUCUAAAAAGAUUGUGCCUCAUGCCUCAGAAAUCACAAUUCCAACCCUAAUCAUAUAUGGAUCUAAGGACCAAAGUCUGGGUGUGGAGUCUCGGAAAAAUCUGAUCAAUAUCCCAACAUCUCAAGCAGUGGAGCUACCUGAAGCACGGCACCCAGCUUAUCUGGAUAGGCCCAACCAGUUCCAUAUUCUGCUCUUUAACUUCAUAAAGCAAGUCCAUGCCCAUAAGGUCUAGUCUAGGAUUCAUUCAGUAUGUUUUGUUGUAUUGCUACUUUUUUUUCUAUAACUAUAAUUCCUAACCUUUCAGUAUUUUGUACUAUUUGAUUAUUUUAUAAAAUACAAGUAGAUUUUUAGAUAUAUCAGAGUAUACAGAAAACUCAAAAUAUGACAGUAAAAAUAUUUAUUUUCUUUUAUAAAUCAAAAGUUGAACUUGGUAAACUAUUCAUUGCCCUGUUUAUUAUUAAAUGAUAAUUAGCCCAAACAUUUUCAAAUAAUGUCUCUUAUCUAACCCAAUAUACAUACACCAAGAUCGCUGAGGAAAUAUAUAGUGACUAAUAACUUCCUAACUAGAAUGAUCAAGAAUUGUAGAAUGCCUUAUUUAGUUUAUAUUAAAAUAAAGAAAAAAAAUAUAGGCAAACAAAAACAAACUUGGUGACAUGCUUGCACAUUCUUUGAAGUUUAUCUGUAAGAAAUAGAUUUAUAUAUUUUGGCUGUGAAAAUGUGGAUGUAUCCAUUAUUAUUAUCCCAUUAUUAGAGCAGAGAGAAGGCAUUCAGUUUGUUGAAAAA